AUGGCCCCACUGAAUCUCCCAGAGUUGCCUGCUCCUCACAAGGAGCUGGCCAAGCAUAUCGCGCAGCACCCCGAGCAGACCGUCGAGGACGUCAUGGCUCCGUAUCGCAAGUACGAGGCCCGUCUUCGCGAGGUUUAUGCCCAGGAUCGACAGAAUCCCGCUCUGGAUGAUCCUUACAUCAAUGUCGUUCCUCUUUUCACCGAUGAUACCAAGCACAUCACUACACGAGCUCGGGACUUGUCCCAAGAAUCGCCAGAGCAGCAGUCCAAGUACAUCAUGGUUCUGCCAGAAGACAAACGCCGUGCUCAUGGCUCACCGGCCACGGUCGCCGACUUGAACGAGUUCCAGCACAACUUUGGUGUCUUCUCCGAGUCGUCCCUGGUCGAAUUGGACUGGAGCAAUGUGGUCGCAGCAGGCUCAUCUGUUGUCAAUUGCCUCCUGCCCGUUCCCGAAGACUUCAAGUCAUCGAAGCGGAAGCUCCGUGAGUACUAUCAUGAGAAGUUUUGUCCUGCCUCCGACGUCGACCUUUUCUUGUACGGUCUUACGCACGACCAAGCCAUUGAGAAGAUCAAGCAAAUUGAACGCGCUAUCCGAGACGCUCUGCUCAAUGAAGUCACUGUUGUCCGUACCAAAUACGCCAUCACGAUUGCCAGCCAAUACCCAGUGCGACAUAUUCAGAUUGUUCUUCGUGUCUACAAAUCCAUCAGUGAAAUCUUGACCGGCUUCGACAUUGACGCCGCCGGCGGUGCCUAUGAUGGAAAGCAAGUAUACGUGACGCCGCGAGCUCUGGGUAGUUUCAUCACACAGAUCAACCACGUCGAUCUCUCUCGCCGGAGCCCCUCUUACGAGAAUCGCCUGUCCAAGUACUCCCACCGCAACUUUGAAGUAUAUUGGCCUGAACUCGAUCGAUCCAGGGUUGAUCCUACCAUCUUUGAGCGAAGCUUCCAACGAACGCUUGGUCUGGCCAGACUGCUCGUCCUCGAGCGCCUCCCCACCAACUCUGCCCGAGAAGCGUACUUGAAUAAGAGACGCAUGGAGCGCGGAAGACCAGCCAGGCACACCAACAGGUUCCCCAUCAGAGGCAACAUCAAAGAUUCGCACGAGGAUGAAGUUGCCGACUGGUUGUCCGAGGAGGACAUUAGCAACUACCACACCUUCACGGUCCCAUAUGGAGAAAAGUUCCACGCGAAGCGCAUUGAGAAGCUCUGCUACACCAGAGAUCUCCUCCUCAAUGCCGAGUGGAACCAGUCCAAGGAUCGUGAGGUCUAUCUCCACCGACACCCAGCCUUUUUCGGCCGGGUCGAAGAUGUCAUCGAGGACUGCUGCGGAUUCUGCCCUAAGCCUGUUACACCUGAGGAAAUCGAGGUGGCCGAAAAGGAGGCUGAGAUUUAUAUAUCGGGCAAGGUGUCGUUUCUCAUUGACGACCCUGGACGCCAACAAAUUGGGUCUUUCAACCCCUUGACCGAGCAGGAUUGGACCGACAUGGCUUACGUUGGCAACACUGCGAGAUUGUGUCAGUCCAUCGUCGAUGGCGACAUUGACGAUGUCCUCAACUGGCUGUCUCAGGAAGACGCAGACCCCAACAAACGCGACUACACCGGCCGCACACCGCUCCAACUUGCAGUCAUGGCUUCGACACCUGAGGUCGUCAAGUGUCUGGUGGACCACGGUGCUCGUCUCACAGCAAGGCUGGCAGACGGCAAGACUGCUCUUCAUCUUGCGGCUUCUCGAGGUCAGACCGAAAUGAUCAAGAUACUGAUGGAGAAGAGCAUCGAGAAUGAAGAGGCCGAAGAGGAGCGGCAGGCAAGGCGCCGUAAGGCGAUCGGCACUACGAAGCCUGACGCUGGAGAAACGACACGAGAAGCCGACUCCGACUCUAACGGCUCUGACGACUCUGACGACGCUGACGGCUCUGAUGGCGAACUAAUCGACGAUACCAAGACAGAGACCGAGGUUCAGUCGCUUGCCACAGGGUCAUUUGUCAAAGUGAAGAAGGGCGAUGGUGACGAGAACGGCGACGAUGUGGUUUUGGAUGAAUCAGAGGACGAGCCUGAUUACUAUCAGAUCGAUGUCCUCGCGUGGGAUGUUCCCUGCUCGCCUCUGCAUCUCGCCAUUGCCGAGGGCCACGAGGAGACAGUCAAGCUCCUGUGCGACUAUGGGGCAGAUUCCAUCCUACCGGUCAAGUUCCUCAGCUCCGACUCCGACGACACUGCCGCUAUCCUCACCCUGACGCUUGCUCUCUCGCUCCCGACGGAUAAGGCCAAGUCCAUGGCUAGACUUCUUCUUCGCCUCGGUGCAACUUCGUCACAGGCCGAUUCUCGGGGCUACACGGCCUUCCAGAAGUAUAUCGAUACCGGCAAGAACGAAAUGAUCGAUGUCUUGCUCGACACGGACAAGAUGGGUGUGAAGACAUCCAUCAAUCACCUGGCAUUCACAGGCUACCGCUGGAACGCGAACACGACAUCACCCCUCCACAGGGCUGUUGAGCGUGGAGACUCGGUUCUUGUUCUCAAACUACUCAACGCGGGAGCCGAAAGCCAGAUCGAUUUCGACACUUGGCUGAAGGCUGCCAAGGUCUCCUCGAUCCAUGGGAACCUCGGUGAUUUGGAGCAUGCGCGACGCAGUUAUCGGGAAUCCUUAGAGCAACCUCUCAUUGCAGCUAUUCGCUCUGGCAACGCCGAUGCCGCCAUCAAACUCUUGGAGAACGGCGCUGAUCCAAACGCCCUUACGUCGGACACCAAUCGCCUCCUGAUUGACGAGUAUAGACGCAGGUGGAACCAUGGUACAUCAGCUCUAGACCUCGUUCGAGACGUCAUUCACGAGCUUUCCAAAUACAGCGGAGAAAAGGCAAACUUCACCAAGCCCACGCUUCGACCAGGCAUGGAUGAGUAUCUCAAGAAUAUUGAGCCCAAUACGUACACUCACUGGAUCGUCUCGAGGGACAUAAAGCAUGCCAAGAGUCGGUUCGAACUCGAAGAGAAGGCGUACACCAAGGACGUGGAGCGCAUAAGGACACUGAAGGGAGCAACCGAGAAGAAGGAGGCCAUCGACGAAUCCCUGUCCGAGCUCAAGAAUCUGGAGCGCGCUCUGAUCGCCAAGGGUGCCAAGGUGUUUGACGAAUUGCAUCCCGAAAUCGACGCCCAACCGAGAACAAAGAGCGCAUCUCAAGACCGAGAGGUCGAGAAGGUGCACGAGAAGUACAAGUACGACUUCAGUUUCAGAAACGACUCGGAUAUGAACGAUGCCAGGAGGGAUGGAUACGUCCAACUUAUGGAAGCCGCGUGGGUCGGGGACUUGGACCGCAUCAAAUCAAUGACCUUGGAGGCAUGGGGUCCGGAGAAGGAUCGAGCGCCGCUCAAAAUGUCCAUCUCGGACAAUUCGCAAAACUCUCCCUUCUCGAUUGCGUUCCUCAAAGGCCACUCGGACAUAGCCCAGGCCAUCCUCGAGAUUGUGAAAGCCCAAUGGUCCCCACCUGAGAAAGAAAACCUGCGGUACAAAAUGGAACAAGAGGACGACGAGGACGAGGACGAGUACGACAGCGAGGAUUCGGACAGUGACGACGACGACCAGCCGAGAAUUGUUUCCGAAAACCUGGACAAGACAUUCACCAUUGAAGACAUCGGGAAGGUUUCCAUGCAAGUCCAAUCGCAUGACAAGCCGCUCGAAGUUCUUUGCAGAUCCUUCCAGACAUUUUCCACGGAGAACAGUGCCGUCUCAAAAGUGCAUUCUAAGCGAAGUCUGUUCGUCCAUGUGCUGGACAUGGACGACAUGGCGGGUCUUAAGGCACUGUUGGACAUGGCACAGCACUUCUCGGGACAAAAGUUUCCAGGGGACGAUGAGGAAGGCAACGACAACUUUACCUUCCCCGAGUCUGAUUUCCGCUGGGCUGUGGAGAACGGGAAAACGAGGCUUCUUGGGUUGAUCAUCAAGCGCACCGGCGCAGGAAUUCCGCUUGACCAUCUGGUCAAGAAGAGCGGUGUCGAAAUCAAGAAGAAGCCUCGUUAUUACCAAGGAUUAACGGUCUACGGAAAAAAGAGGAAGGACUGGGCCACGGCGGGUCGUAGCAUGGUGACGAGAACGACAGGUCUACGGACCCCUCCGCUUCUGCACGCAGCUCUUGGUGGUUCCCUUGAAGGAGUGGAGUUCUUUUUGAGCGAGACGCCACACCGUCUUUACGGCGAGUUUGGCAAGAGCAAAGUGGCCCGAGACGACCCUCGCCUGAAGCAUCUGAAGGAGAGCCCGAAAGGGUUCGAAAGAGCCAUCUCGAAAUGGCUGGGAGCUGACAACGACCUGGUCAUUCACUGUGCGGUGCUGAGCACCGUAACCAAGGAGUCAGUGGAGCUGCUCGAGUAUCUGGUCAAAGCUUGCCCGGAGUUCAUCGAGAAGAAGACUGCCAGCGGCGACACGCCUUUGAUGGUUGCGUGCAGUCUUGGUCGGAUCGAAUAUGUUAGGACGCUCCUUGCUGCCGGUGCCGACCAGUCCACCAGGAAUGCAAGCGGUGAGAAUAUUGUCCAUGCAUCCCUCAAGGGCAACCCUACUGCCGCACAGGUCAAGCUUUUGAUGGAAAUCUUGGAUUCGGAUCUCCGGAAGCACUUGUUUCUGCAGCGAAAGAGUCUCGAGCAGAACGGCACCACACCCCUGCACACGUGGAUCUCUCGAGUCUGCGGUUUGUCGGACAGUGGAGAGACCCCCAGCUACUAUCACUAUAACAGCAACUACUACAACCAGACGCCGUCAGAGUAUCGCGAUCAGGAGGUUGUCGUUGCCAUGGCCAAGCUUCUCCUGGAAUACUCGAACGGUGAGGAGCUGGAUAUGCUCAACGGGGCCGGAGAGACUUGCCUGCACACCGCCGUUAAGCGGGAGGUGAUCUCGCUCGUCAGGGUCCUGGUGGAUUUCAAGCCCCAGUUGCUGUUCCGGGAAAACGCAGUCGGCCGCACGCCUGCCGAGAUUGCCCACGAUCAACUGCAGAGCCAGACGUUCGAGAAGCCUAACAGCCGCUACUGGAACCGGACCUCAAGGACAGUGGAUGAUCUCAUCAACAAGAGUGUCGGCGACUUUGCGGUCGAUGCAGAAGCCAAGAACUCCGACUCCGACACCAUCAAGGACAAACUCCGAAACCUGGGUCUCAGUGGCGACUACGACAAGGAAGACCUUGUGCCUUUGUUGGCGGCAAUGGGCACCGGCGAUGGCAAGUCUGGAUCGUCACCAGGAUCCGGGACGAUGAAGAAGGUAAUCUGGGACUUUUGCGCCACGGCGUUGAGCAACAACUCGGGGAAGCGCCGCCUCGUGAGCCUCAACGAGGCCAACGACGUGGCCAGACGGCUGGGCGAAAAGCACACUCCGUCCCGCUACUUCAGCGUCGAGAACCGCAAGGACGAGGACGAUGAGGAGCAAGGGUCGCAGGAUGGCAAGGAUGACACGACGGACUUUGUCGUCAGGGAGAUGCAGCAGCGCAGGGGCAGGGCUUGGGCUUUUUCUGAGUACGAGGCAGAGAAGCUCGGCAUCUCCAAGUGCGAGGACUGUGGCAGCUACCAUCCGUAG